AUGUUUCGGGCAUCCAGGCCUAAGAAAAGGGCCAUUGCUUGCCAUCGGUGCCAUUCACAGAAAAUCAAAUGCUCGGGGGAAAAGCCAUGCUCAAAGUGCCGGGCUGCGGGCUACGGGAAUCAAUGCAGCUAUGCCACUCGAGAUCGGAAGAUAAGGGUGGAUGAAAGCUACUUGGAGCAGCUAUUGAGGGAUAGUGAAGAGCUACAUGAACGUCGACAUCGUUUAAAACAAGAUCUUACACUCCAACAGGGGCCCGACACCGAAGAUAGUGCUACUGGAAACGACGAGCCCAAAAUACAGGGUAGUCUCUAUGGUGAUAAGCCCUGGUUUCAGGUGCAUGAUGCCUCGAUUCUGCCUCUCUACAUCAGUGAAGCAACGUGCGCAGCUUUUGCUACACGGCUUUGUCAGUGUCUAUCAAAAAACAAUACCCCAACGCUGUACCUUCCCAAAACCAGGUACACUGAUGAAUCGACUCUUUCAUCAUUACAGAACAUCGACACACCGUGGCCUACUCUUGUGUCUGCUCGGCUGAUGGUGAACACCGCACUUAAUCACGUCAUUCCAUGUUUCCAUUUGGCUUUGAAGAAAGACUCCUUGGACAUGCUCCAAGGAGUUUAUCAACGAGGGGAUUUUGACAAUCCAAGUAUAAAGUGCAAAUACUUUGUCCUUUUUGCCCUCGCAGAGGCAGCCCAGGCUCCUCGUGCUACAUCCAACCAAUCUCCUGUGCCAGGCUCUGCCUACUUUUCUCGUGCGCUGAGCCUCAUUAACAUCAUCCCCGAGAGGCCAAGCAUGAUCCACAUAGAAAGCCUGCUGCUGAUUGCCUAUUUCUGUCAGUUUCUGAAUCGCUUCCACUCGGCGUACAUCUAUAUAGGGAGUGCAUUGCGUCUUGGGCUCAGUAUAGGCUUGAACUACAAUGUCCCAGAGACACAAGAUCUGCACCCCAUCGCACGAGAGCAUCGAAUCCGUAUAUGGUGGACGAUAUACACACUCGAGCGCUUCUGGGGCGCAAAAUCGGGGUUUCCUAUGCAAAUCCACGAUGAGGAUGUUCAUGUUGAUCAACCAUCUAUCUCGGCAUCCAAGGCCUAUCCUGAUCAAUUUGCAGAUGGCGCAUAUCAGGUCGCAGGCAUUGAACUAUCCAGAAUUACAGGUGACACGUCUGCAGAGAUCUAUUGCCAGAAAAUCUCAACCGAAAAGUUUUUGUCUCGUGAACAAAGACUGUUGACUCAACUCAAACAGUGGCUUCAGUCUCUGCCUCCUCAUUUGAGGCUCAACCCCGAUGGGACAAGCCCGAAGCAUACGAUUCACAUGCAUUUGCAGUUCAAUUUUUGCGUCAUCUUGACCAUUCGACCGGUUCUCUUGCAUGUUCUCACUUUGCAAAUGAAGGACCAAUACAACCAGCCUGUAAGCCCUAUUUCUCCGGUCCUGGUCACACUAAGCGAGACAUGCAUACAUGCAGCCAGGCACUCUCUGGCACUAUGUGUGAAUGAAUGGACCGGAGGGUCCUUCGCAAAAUAUGGCUACACCUUCCCCGCGUACCUUUGCUCUGCUGCAUUGGUCUUGAUGCUCUCAAGUCUUUUAGAAGUUGGGGAUCCUAGUGAUCUAGCAUCAGCUGAAACAGCCAUGGAAAUUCUCAAGAAUCUUAGUCUGUCUGAUCGGCUGGCAUCAAGGGAUCUCUAUGAGCAAAUUCGGCGGGUGCAUGAAUGUCUUCUCAACAGUCCCUUCCCCCCUUCAUCUCUCGCCACUGAGAAUCUCAAGGUCGAAACUCUCAAUCCGCCGUCAGUGGACCAAGGUGCAGCCACGGGGUUAUUGCAACUUUCAGGCCAUCCCCAAUACCCUGUGGUUCCUUCAGAGGAUUUGAGCCAUCUGAUUCUCGAUUCAAAUGUCCCAUACCUCACCACAGAAAUGGCACUUCACCAGCAAAAUAUGCAAGACUUUUUGGAACGGCCCGACGUGAACUUCGGCCUACUUGACCCUGUGGGAAUGUUUAACGAUUUCGAUCUCGCCAUUUCUAUGUCUACCCAGUCCCCACCGUACUAA